AAUUCAAAAUUGAGACACAGUGGGUGUAUGAUCUUCAUGCUGUGGAGUUUCCCGAGUCAAGCAUGCUGGACGCUAGUGGCCGUCCUGCUAGGGAGGGUGGCUUUGUGAAGGUCAGCAAAGAAGCAAUUACUGCUACAAAUGCCUCGUCAUUGACAGUUUUCAUCGGUAUAUCCACGUUCAGAUACAAAACUCUUGCACGGAUGUUGCCAACUCAUGAUAUCAACGACGUGACUUCAAGACACAAGGAGGACAGAGUCAACACACCGAUUGUCGCCCUUUACUUUCACAUGCAGCCUUUGACGGAAGAUCUCAAGGUGGACGUGGGAAACCUCACCUACCCUAUCUACGCCCAUCUGCCCAUUCUAGACACUUUCAACAUCUCAAACCCACAUUGUGUGAGACUAAGGAGUGGCACUUUAUAUAAGCAGUGGAAAUGGAUUCGUAGCUGUACUUUAGUCAGCUAUUCCGGCCAUCAUGGAGUCUGUGCAUGCAAGCGACCGGGAGUGUAUGCAAUAACAACAGAUAUGUAUGACGACAACUGGGAUAAGGGAGACAAGCGACCAAAACUGAUGAACUUUGCUUCGUACUUCGGUUGUACAUUGUCGGCCAUGCUUUGCUUGAUGGUCUGUGGGGUUCAUAUUUACUUGAGAACUUCAACUAGUACUGCAGCCAUACAUCGCAAUCUGUCUGUGUCUAUAGCACUGAGCCAGCUGGUCUUCAUGUUUGGUAUAGACAGGUACGAGACACCGGCCUUGUGUCACAUCUUCGCCAUAGCUUUGCACUACUUCUUCCUGGCCACAUACUCCUGGGUAAUGAAUGAGGCCUUCAACCUGUAUAUUGUCAUCACCUACUCGGCCCACAACCCCAGCGACCUCAACGAUUCAGGGUCCAUGAUACGCUACUAUGUUUUAGGAUGGGUACUGCCAGGAAUCAUGGUGGGAGCUUUUGUGGGAACUUCCGAUGGUUAUUACGCUAAAGACAUGUGCUGGGUGGCUCCAGAUCACAUGUGGCUGUUCAUUGGUCCUGCUAUCGGAAUCAUGUCUAUCACAGUCCUAGUGUUGAUAUUCACAGCCAAGGAACACAAUGAAAGUUCCUACACGAAAAGUGACAAAACUAAUAAAAUCAUCAACAUUCACAUGAAGGCACUGUGGACACAGGUGAUCCUCGUCACGGUGUGCUGGGCGUUCGCUUUCAUCUCAAUCAAGAUGGUGGAUACCAUUCUCAAGUACCUGUACGCCAUGUUUACAUCGUUGCAGGGUGCAUUCUUCCUAGUUUUCUACAUGUUUCUGCAUGAAGAGGUUCGUGCAUGGAUCAAAAGCCGCCAGAAACGAAGAGCCCUUCAGCUCAAAGGGUUUGAGUACCAAGAUAACCACUCGCUUGAUUCUUUUGCAUCCAACAGUCUCAUAGACAGGGAAGGUGGCAAUCACUUACCCAAGGACACACGCCCCCCGCGGCUGCGAGAACUGUCCCGAUGGAAGAACCGGCCACGCAUUGAGGCCACAAGCGAGGAGAGUUCAGACUGUGAGAUGAUCUCAAGCGUAUAA